AUGAAGAAAUUCCCAAGUGCUGAGACCACAGGAUCCAGUACCAAACAGAGUAUGAUAGAUUUGCUACAGCAACAAUAUUUUGAGCCAUCGCAACAAUUGGUGGACCCUCGGUUGUCCAUUGGUAUGGUGACACCCGUGAGCAACGGUGCUAGCUCACUGGCUUCCCUCAUGGGGGCCCCCACCGGUCCUUACUUUGCCAGAGAUGGCGACGUGAACAAUGGUAGCACCACUUCAUUGGCGAGUUCCAUAAAUUCAGAUUUUGGUGAGUCCGCUUACUCGCGGAUGACAAACUUUAACGGUGCAUCAGGUGCCACGACCUCCUUCACUCCACAAUUCACGAAAUUGGUCAACGAGAUAUACCAACUGGUAUGCUCGGACCCACAGGUUACUCCAUUCGAUAACUGCAACCCGCCAUCUGGUGUGUUGGACAAAGUCGCCAAGAUUUCUUUACAACAGGCUGAACAAAGAGAGAUACAGAUUGGCUAUGAAAGGUCGAACUACUUGAUGACUUUGGUGAGACACCAUUUGCUCAGCGAGGUGAAGAAGGAGCAGUACCUGGUCCGGAACUGUUCCGCUUCCUCGAUAAGUGGACCAAACGUGGCUCCAAAGCAGUUCACAGACUUGCUUGGGAACACGGCAAAUAUAAGACCCAGAAGCGAUACAUUGGAGAGGAUACAGAAUUUACAAUCGUACCAAAGCGUGGUAAAUAACGGUCAAUUCGUAAUGACGCCGAACGAACCUGAUAACGGGUUUGGGGGGCAACAAACACAACUGGGUAGUAGCAUAAAUUUGGCCAAUUGGAACAACUCAGGGCCGGCUCAAAUGCCACUGUUCAAUAGACCGGCAAGCAGGACAUCCUCGCCGCUAUCCGGUAGAGUCAUGCACCCUACGGCCCAGUUCAACAAAAAAUCAAACCUCAAGUAG